AUGGUAAAACCGGUGCCCCUCUUCAGGAGAACUGAUUUCAAAUUAUUAUUAUGCAACCACAAGGAUCUCUUCUUUCUCAGGGUGUCUAAGCUGCUGGAUUGCUUUUCGCCCAAAUCAAUGUGGUUUCUUUGGAACAUUUUCAGCAAAGGAACGCAUAUGCUGCAGUGUCUUUGUGGCAAGAGUCUUAAGAAGAACAAGAACCCAACUGAUCCCCAGCUCAAGGGUAUAGUGACCAGGUUAUAUUGCAGGCAAGGCUACUACUUGCAAAUGCACCCCGAUGGAGCUCUCGAUGGAACCAAGGAUGACAGCACUAAUUCUACACUGUUCAACCUCAUACCAGUGGGACUGCGCGUCGUGGCCAUCCAGGGAGUGAAGACAGGGUUGUAUAUAGCCAUGAAUGGAGAAGGUUACCUCUACCCAUCAGAACUUUUUACCCCUGAAUGCAAGUUUAAAGAAUCUGUUUUUGAAAACUAUUAUGUAAUCUACUCAUCUAUGCUGUAUAGACAACAGGAAUCUGGUAGAGCCUGGUUUUUGGGAUUGAAUAAGGAAGGGCAAGUUAUGAAAGGAAACAGAGUAAAGAAAACCAAACCAGCAGCUCAUUUUCUACCCAAGCCAUUGGAAGUUGCCAUGUACCGAGAACCAUCUUUGCAUGACGUCGGAGAAACGGUCCCGAAGGCCGGGGUGACGCCGAGUAAAAGCACAAGUGCGUCCGCGAUCAUGAAUGGAGGGAAACCAGUCAACAAGAGUAAGACGACAUAGCCAGAUGCUCACAGGUGUUGUGACUGACUCGCCCCGAGCGCCGAGCGCCGGCGUUGAGUGAUUUAUCCUGGCCCGACCCUCCUGCUCCCAGGGCCCGGAGCAGCUGGCAGUAAGCAGAAGCUUGCUCCCCGCUGGCUCGAACUUCUUGGUUGCGAGUGGAUAAAUCUCAACGUGUUGCGCCCCCCACAACAAGAAGACACCUGGAUAACCAGCUCAACUCAGACCAUGGAAUGCCCUACCAGAUAUGGAAUGCCUUUUUAAUAUCUUUUCUGUGACUGUGACACUUCAUGUGAAUGACCUACUUCACGAGUCCACUCGACACCUUGCCUGCUGACAGCUACCCGUAUUCCUUUUUGAGUCCCGUUUCGGCAAAAUCCAUGUGUUUAAGUUCGAUUUUGUAGCACACAGAUACUCUUGAGUAAUUUCUAGUUAGAUGCUGUAAACCUGUGCUAUUAUGGAGUUCUCUCUUCCCGUUUUUACAGGGCUGCUGGCUCCACUGUCUGUGACCUUUCGUAGGGGUUGUGUUCCUCUGGAUCUUAACUGUUGUGGUUGGCUUAGUUGGGAGAGCUAUCCGGGAAACAGAAAGCCUUCUAAACCUAUUAUGACAAAUCGCAUCUAUAAAGAUUAGGAGUGUUAUCUCUGGCUCACACUAUUGAUGAAACACACAUAUACGCGCUGUCCAGUAGCAGAUACUGUGCUCCCGUGGCCGCCUGGCUGGGCUGAGAAACGGGGUCAAACGCAGACAUGGGAAGUGCUCUAUGAUCUGGGUUUGACAUCCCCCUUAGUUUCUUUGUGUGUGUGUGUGUGUGUGUUUUAUACAUAUCACAAGCUUACUGGUAAUGGUAACAUUUGCCUUGCCCAGCGAGCAAGACCCACUGGUUUUUGAGAAAGUGGGUCCAAAGAACUCUGUAGGCCUUGUAGGCCUGAUUAAGGUUCAUUUUUCAUCUAUGAAUCCUCAUUAUUUGGAAAAAAGGAAAAAGAUAAUCAAUAAUUACAACCUACAAGAAUUGCGCUACCUAAAUCCAUUUCAGAUAGAGUCCUUCCUGUUUUUAAUGAACCGAACUCAAUGCCAUCCCUGGUUUGGGCUGCGUUCCACUGACACUCAGCAGAGCAUGGGCAAGGCGGCUGUUGUGUUCUUUUCUGCAGCAGCAAUGCAAACGUUAGUUAUAAAUUAGACUUUAAUAUUUUUGGUGUUUAACAGGUUUUUAAACUGGACAUAUUAGGAAAAAAAUCUAUUUUUUAGCUCAGCAUGCUGAGUCAGGUACUGUGUGUUUCACCAGUCCAUACCUCUGACUCAGCUUCUUGGGUCCCUGUGACCCAAUGGCUGAGUUAGAGGUGCCUUGCCAUGAUCUCAGAAUGCAGUCAGUUGAAUUACUCUAGAUUAAAAAUAAAGGCAAACCAACAUGUUCAAACAUCAGGUUUUCAGUCCACCCGAUUUUUUUUUUUUUUUUUUUUGCUUUGGUCUGAUUUUGCUUUCUUAACUUCCUUUGGAAUUUAAUACUGCUGAAUUCUGAGCUUAGGGAAGACAAGCACUAAGAAAGUCCAUGAAUAGUUGAGUCCACAGUGAAGAAACCAUGCAAAAUGUUCAAUAUUGGAUAUAACAAGUCUCAAAAUGUUUGAUACUAAACUGUUUGGAAAUAUAUUUGUUAACUGUGUAUACUUAAUAAAUUUCAAUGUUUUCUCCUCAGAAGAGUUAAUUGAGACCAAACUGAACCUCAUUUAUAGAAAACUAUACGUGGGAUCAACGUACUGGCCUCUUGUUAUUAUUUCCACGUGGAAGGAUGACCCAGUCGCCAUUUUCUCCCAUCUGCACUGUAUUUACUGGGAAAUUAUUUUGUCACUGCUUUCCUAAGUCUCCAUGACAGUCCUCGCCCAGCAUUUAAAAAUUUUGGCCUGCUUAGCUGAUUAAAGGUUUACUAUCAAUUUAACUGUUUAUGCUUAUUUCAUUUUCAUACUGAAUUUCACUUUAAUAAAUAAAAAGUUAGCAUAACAUUUGAGUAGAUUUAUUGUCGAUAAUGCUAAAGUACAAAUAACAACAAAAUGAUUCUUUUGACCUCUCGAUUUCUUGUUACACCAUUUUAAAGCCUAUUAUUUUUAACAGGCUGAGUUAAAACACAUUAAUGUCAUUACUCAAUUGUUUAGGGAAGACACAUACUCCAUAAUAUGUGGCAAACUGUGAAUAACGACUUGAAAUUCCAAUUAGAUGGACUUAUAGACACAGCCUACCCCACCAUGCACAGGCACCCCCCCCCCCCCCACACACACACACCAAACAAUCCCACCUAUAUGUUUUUGGUAAUCAGCCCUAUGUGCUGGUUUCUUUUUCCCGUGUAAGCUUGUUUAUUGGUUAAAAUUACAAGAUUUUAUUUUUGUAAAUGACUGAGAUUUCAGUAAAUGUGCACCUCUGUUUUGUUUCUUACAUGAGUUAGCUAUAAGGGCAUUUAUCCCUAUGAAUGGAUGUCGAAAUACUUUCUCCUAAUAUAUGUUUAGACGUAUUGCAGAGGGGUCCUUGUUAUUUGUGAUCUAGUUAGAUCAUUUCCUCUGUGUCUGGUCUGACCUGUUGCAUGGAACGAGGACAGCACUGAUGAACUGCAUGUCGUAGGACCUGUGUAUCAAGAACCGCUGGUGUGUAUUACUCAAUCUACAUACAAAGAAUUUGUCUGCAUUGUACAGUUUCUGUGUUUAAUAUCAUUUGUUGUAUUCAUAAAUACAACAUGUUGAAUAAAAUAUUUAUAUGAAGGCAUAUUCAGAAACAUCGAACAACUUUAUGUAACGAAAUGGCAUUGCAUCACCCACAGAUAUAGAGAAAUGUCAUGUAAAUAAGUUUGGUAAACUCAGUUUCCCCCUU